UGUGCCGUCACGCGGCGCGCCGGCCGAGGCGGGCGCGGGGUCCAGGCCGGGGUCGUCAUGGUUCCGCGCGUGCGGCUCCCGCCCGAGGUCCAGUUGGCGCAGCGCCUGGCGGGGAACGAGCAAGUGACCCGGGACCGCGCGGUGAGGAAGCUCCGGAAGUACAUCGUCGCCAGGACCCAGUGGACCGCAGGUGGUUUCACUCAUGAUGAGCUGCUGAAGGUAUGGAAAGGACUGUUUUAUUGUAUGUGGAUGCAGGACAAGCCGCUCCUGCAGGAAGAACUAGGAAGGACAAUUUCCCAGCUCAUCCAUGCUUUUCAGACCACAGAGACACAGCACCUGUUCCUUCAGACCUUCUGGCAGACCAUGAACCGCGAGUGGCCGGGCAUAGACAGGCUGCGCCUGGACAAGUACUACUUGCUUAUGCGGAUGGUGCUGAAAGAGUCCUUGAAGGUCGUGAGAAUGCAGGGCUGGGAAGAAAGACAGGUCAAGCAGCUGCUGGAGCUGCUGACGACCGAGAUCCUGCACCCCAACAGCCAGGCCCCCAACGGGGUGAAGAGCCACUUCCUUGAGAUCUUCCUGGAGGAGCUGAGCAAAGUGGGCGCCCAAGAGCUUACGGCAGACCAGAAUCUCAGGUUUAUCGACCCCUUCUGCAGAAUUGCUGCCCGGACUAAGGAUCCCCUGGUUUUGCAUAACAUCACUCGAGGCAUCUUUGAGAAGAUUGUGGAGCAGGCCCCGUUUGCCAUUGAAGACCUCAUGAAUGAAGUGGAUGCACAGGAGGAGGAGGAGGAGGAGGUGGUGUCGGAGGGUGAUGAUGACUCGUCAGGGAGUGGUGAGCGUGGGCAAGGCCUACCAUCCAGCAAGUGGUCCAAGGAGCCGCCUGCAGGCUCCAUCCGCAGGACUGCACCUGAGAGGGAUGAGGCACAGGCUGACGACGAUGGGGAUGGCGCAGGACCCGUGCUGCAGUUUGACUAUGAGGCAGUUGCAAACAGACUGUUUGAAGUGGCCAGCCGGCAGAACACCCCUUCUCAGAACCGGAAGCGUCUCUACAAGGUGAUCCGCAAGUUGCAGGACCUGGCAGAAGGCAUCUUCCCUGAGGAUGACAUUCCUGAAGAAGCCUACGGGAGUCUGCAUGGAGGGCGGCCAGAGAGGAGGAUGAAGAAGCGUUUGUCCAAGUCGCGGUUGCAGAAGAAAGGGAAGAUUGAUAAGAAGGAUGCAAGUCCUGACCCAAACUCAGAAACCAAAAGGAAGAGGAGCCGGAGGAGGGGCGCAGGGGCAGUCCCCGCAGUGCAGCUGGGCAGAGUGGAGGGUGCCCCGCCCCAAGGGCGGCCCAGGGGCUGCAGCCAGAGAGCAGCUCGCAAGAGGAGGAGGAAGCCUCGGCAGCCAGCUGGUGCCAGGGCAAAGGUGGCCGACGUCCAGGAGUCAGAGAAGAAGAAGUGGACCCUGGAGGGCAGGAAGUGAUGCGGCCAGGCGGGCCGGGCCCUGUGCUGUGGACAGCUCGGGAGUGGCCACACCACAUGGAGGGGACGGUCUAGUUGGGAAAAUCCAUGCUGGCAAAACACACAGUGGAGAUAAAGCUGCAGAUGUGGUCAGAAGAGUUCAGCAAGAAGAGGUGCGUGGUGUUGGGGAGUGUGUGGGCCAGAACCCCACAGGCUGUUCACUCAGCUCCGCCAGGGGCUUUGGGUUUUGCCACAUAACCAUUGAGGAUAACCCAGACUUGAUACAGAGAACUCUGACCCAGCAAGGAGAACCCUCACCCACCACAGAGAACCCUGACCCUCCAAGGAGAACCCAGACCCACCACGGAGAACCCUGACCCUCCAAGGAGGACACAGACCCGCCACAGAGAACAAACCCUGACCCCCUUCUUGCUGUUCUUGUCCAGGAGCUGCCCUGUGGGGUCUGUGCUCCGGGCCAUGCACGUGCAGCAGCCAGUCCUCCAUCUCCUCCCCACCCCUCCGGGUUGCUCCACUGGAGCAAGCUCCACCAUGGGGAAGGCUCACUGCGCGCUGUCCCUCCCAGCCUCCAGCAGGUCAGGGGAGAGGGAGGGAGAACUGGAGAGUUGUCCCCAAGUCACUGCCCAUAGGUGGCAGAGCCUGCUGGACACUCUCCAGGGUUGAGUCCGGGGCCACUGGCCGCACAGCCCUGGUCUGGGGUGAGGGUCACCUGUGCAGAGUGGUCAAACCUGUGGUCUGCAUGGGGACUGUGAGCUUGCUAGAUGUGGACAUGCACUCAAGCUGGGCCCCUGAGGGUCUGCAUGGGGCUUGGAGGAUCCUGUGCUGGUCCCUCUUUCAGUCACAGCUUCCUCUGCUCUAUUCCUGUGUCUUUUGGGGUCACAUGGCCUCUUGUUUUGUUUCCCUGUGACUCCAGAAUGGCUGCUCCCGGGGCAGCUUUAGUUCUCCAGUUGAGCUUUCAUGAAAAUGGGGACUAAGCCUGUGCUGUCUGUCCUUGGCGUCCCACAGCCUCGCACAGCAAGCACAUGCCUAUGUUCAAGAGCCAGGAGAGUGUGGUGGGCUUGGCCCAGCCUUGGCCUGUCCCUGUGGCCUACAUUCACCUAGACUGCUCAGCCCUGGUAGGGAGCGGAGGGGUCGUGCCUUACAUCCAUGACCUCCAGGUCCCCCUAUGGGGUAGGAGUGGACACCCAGACUCCUGCAGCUGUUGAGCACACUCCAGCAGAAAGCCUGCCACUUGACAGACCAAGUCCCCCACCCACCGUGACCUCUGCAGCCCACAUGGAGCCCACAGCAGAGAGCUUGGCCUCCCCCGAGAACAGCAGAGCUAUGCUGGCCCAGGCAGGUGGUCCCCCAGGAGGAGUGAUCCCAGCUUCUGGGGAAGUCAAUUGAAAACAGCUGUUGAGAGCUUAAGACCCUUCUCUGAGGCAGGCCAGACCCUCUCUCAACCAGUGGCCAGGAUCCCCAGGGAGAGGAAGCCUGCCCAGGCAGGGGUAGCUGGGAUUGAUGAGGGGCAUGAGGGGCGGGGUGGACAUCGUGGCAUCUGAUGCCUGCCCCAGGAUGCAGUGUGCACCUCAUUCCAGGACCCCCACCAUUUACAACAGACACUCUGUGUCACCAGGUUCUCGACAGAUGCCCACCCAGUCAUUUGUGGGUAGACCCCCGAACUGUGGACCUGCCCUGUCCAAGAGUCAAAGCUCUGGUGCCCAGAGUGGGCAAAGCCAGGCCAGCCAUGCCCACGGGGUGUCCCCCCAAAGACUCGAGUGUGUCUGGGCCUUCCUGGAGGUCAGGGUCCCUGGGCUUCAUUACGGCUCCCGCAGGAGGACAGGGAUCCUUCUGCCCUUGUGUUACUCUGGCUGAGUCCCGUUGGUCAAGGGCAAGCUGGCCUGGGGGCCUGCCUCUGUGGUCAGACAAGUCCCUCACAAGUGGGCUCAGUGACCGGGGCUCCUUCCUGAGGGCUUUGAGCCCAGAUCACCCUUUGAGAUGCACACUGACUUUGCUGGGUGGGGACCUGGGACACUCCAGAAGUGCUAACUCUCUGCAGUUUGUCAUGAGGGGCACUGAACUGCCCAGGGACAAGCAACCUAUAAAGCACAAAGAACAAACACUGUAGGAGUGAUGGGCCCGAUCUCGCCUCCGCCUCCCCUGCCUGGGGAUCACACUACCCAGGGCAGGGGGAGGCAGAGACGGGGCAGGAGGGAGGCCAGACGCACACGGGGCAGGGCCGCAGCUGCAUUCACUUCAAAUUUUGUUAUUUUCUUCAGAGUGGAUUUUUUACAUUAAAUUUGAUUUUUAAAACAUUGAA